AUGGCCUCGGCGAAGCUGCGGUGGCUGUACGCGGCGCUGGUGGUGCUGGGCGCCCUGUGCUUGUACUUCAGCAUGCACAGCCUGCCCCUGCUUAGGGGAGAGCUGUUCGUGUUCAAGAAGGAGAGCGGGCGGUUCCUCCAGCUCCCCGCCGUGGACUGCCGGCGGGACCCCCCCUUCCUGGUCCUGCUGGUCACGUCCUCCCACGAGCAGCUGUCCGCGCGCACGGCCAUCCGCCAGACGUGGGGCCGGGAGAGGGUCGUGCGGGGCAAACGGACCGAGACCUUCUUCCUCCUGGGCACCACCCCCAGCGAGGCCGUGGCCCGCGCCGUGGCCCAGGAGGGCCGGCGGCACCGCGACAUCAUCCAGAAGGACUUCGUGGACGUGUAUCUGAACUUGACCCUGAAGACCAUGAUGGGCAUCGAGUGGGUCCACCACUUCUGCCCGCAGGCGGCCUUCGUGAUGAAGACGGACUCGGACAUGUUCGUGAACGUGUCCUACCUGGUGGAGCUGCUGCUGCGCAAGAACCGCACGGCCCGCUUCGUCACGGGCUUCCUGAAGCUGCACGAGCUGCCCAUCCGCGAGAAGCGCAACAAGUGGUUCGUCAGCCGCCACGAGUACCCGUGGGACCGCUACCCGCCCUUCUGCUCGGGCACCGCCUACGUGCUCUCGGGCGACGUGGCCAGCCAGGUGUACAACGUGUCCGACAGCGUCCCCUUCCUCAAGCUGGAGGACGUGUUCGUGGGGCUGUGCCUGGCCAAGCUGCGCAUCGGCCUGGAGGAGCUGCACUCCGAGCAGACCUUCUUCCCGGGCGGCCUCAGCUUCUCCGCCUGCCGCUUCCGCAAGAUCGUGGCCUGCCACUUCGUCCAGCCCCAGAGGAUGCUGAGCUACUGGAAGGCCCUGGAGGCCUCCCCGGCGGAGGAGUGCCCGGCCGAGUGA